AAAUUCCACGCGCGCGAAACGGUCAACGAAGCGAAAUUAGCAAUAAGAUAAUAGUCGAAAUAUAUUUGAGAAAGAUAAAAAUUUGCAAGUGGAAAUAUGCGGCUUGAUUUGGUGAUUUCGGUGUUCGCGCUUGCGUUAAUCAGCAUAACUUUGCCGGCAGAAGGCAAACGCGUAACCUUAGUUCCCCUUCCAGCCAGUGAGGUAUAUCGCUUGCUGCGUGAGGCGGGUCGCGAGGAUGCAGUGCCCGAGGGGCGCGUGGUGACUCAGGGUAUAGCAGCGGUGUCCGGUUUUGCCGUUGGAUUGGCUAAGGGCAUCGGUGGUUCAUUGCUUGUGGACUUGGCUGCUAAUCUCUUGGCAGCAAAUGGACAGAACGUAACCGGGGAAACUGAAGAAGUCUGCUUCAAUAGUCGCAGCUUGGAUGAGAUUGACGACGCUGAUGAUGAUGAGUAUGCGGAGGGAAGACAAGAUGAUGACGACGCAAUUACAUCGGUCGAUUAUUCAGAUUAUGAUAGUUCUAAUCCGGUGAGGAGCGAUGCUUCUUCGCCAUCUGUAACCAAUGCUGGCAUCGACUAUGGUGAUGACGAAGACAUUAGGGCUGGAGACGAUACCAGGAGUAGAACUAUUACAACUACAAAAACAGGCCCAGGUGAUUCGAUAAAUUGUGUGCUGAUAAAGCAGUGA